GUUAGAUACACAGCUGUGCUCCCUGCGAGUGGUUUGUUUUCGUUCGUCGGGAAAAUUCACAUUUGUAUUUUGGAUUUUGUAACCCCGACCAGCGGCAGGCAGCAGGUUGCUGUCAAAUUGGAGAGGAAAAACCUGGAAAAUCAGGAAAAACAGCAAGGAAUUUAUUGAAAAAUACUCCGACAAUACGCAAAAGUGUUUUGCGGAAGCAAAAAACAAAGAAAAGAUUCGAUCACAAGCCUAAGGAAAACAUUAACAAAAGCACAAAUCAAAUAUUUAAUUUUCAAUGUUGGAAAAUAAUUAUAAAUAGCAAGCUGUCAAGUUGUGUUGACUAUCGUAAUAUCAAAAAUAAAUAAUGAAGUAAUAUUCAAAGUGAGCAAAUCAAAGUAUAAAGGCACAAAAGCAUAAGAAGAGAGUAUCAAAUAGAGUGAAAAGUAAUAACAGAAAAAAGUUCUUUAUAAAAAUACUGGAUAGCACAAAUAAAGUUCUCAAUAUUUGGUAAUUCAAAAAAAAAAGUUAAUCCUAAAUAAUAAAAAAAAUAUACAUGACAAGUAACCACAAAAAGUGGUAACAAGUAAAAAAUAAAUAAUUCCAAGAAAAACAACUCAUAAAAAGCAGACGACGGAUAGAGAAUUUUCCGACUCCUCAUUAAAUGCCAGUUUUUUAAUUGAGUUGCUGCAUGGGUAACAAUCUGAUAACGAGUGGAAAACCGAGUCAACGCCGGGAGAGGCGAUUCUUUGAGAGGCUGAGCUGCAGCUACGCUCAGAAUCACGAUAAAAUAGACCUAAAGAUGAAUCCUUUGCUAGCUUUGGCCCGCUCGCUGGCUACGACUCCAACGGCUCCGCCUCCACUUACACCAGAAAAGCUGGAUGCGGAUAAGGAAUCCCCACUGGCGCCCAUCGAGCUAUUGCCCAAUGAGAUGUGGCUAGAGAUCAUAUCCUAUCUCUCCUACAACGAUCUGCAACAGCUGCGUAUGGUGUCCUGGCGUUGCCGAGAACUGGUUAGCCGGCGCCGCUUCAUGGAGAAGGGAAAGGUGAUUGUGACGCAGCACAACCUGGAGGCGCUUCACAAGCACGUGAAGGGCGGAAACUCCUACCUUAGCUUUGAGAGAAUUGAACUGCGAAACUUGCGCCAAUGUCGCCAACUAGAGAACUUUCUCAAGCUGGUGGGUGCUGAGGUGAGGCACCUGCAGAUGCGGCAUGCACCUGUAUUCCGAAAUCUGGACGGCAAGAUGCCAAACCUGAAGAUGCUGACAAUUGCCACCACCAGUUCCAUGGAUGAUCAGCAGCUGCGAGCCGUGGACGGUUUGAAUAUGAAGCAGUUCAGCCAUUUGGUGGGCUUCGAGUGCGAUGGAGUAAGCCUGGAUUCAUCGCUGAAGCUGCUCAUGCUCCUCCAGCUGCGUCGGGCGGAGAACAAGGUGCACCUGCGGAACCUGCAGUUUGAGUACCGCAGGAACAACGAGACAGCCCUGCUGGAUGUGCUCCGAGAUCAUGCGGACACACUGCAGUCGGUGGACAUCUUCUUCAGCUGCUCACCCGGCAUCGAAACGCGAGAGUGGUGCCAGGCCUUCGAGUCUAUGGAGAAUCUACGCACCCUCAAGCUCUCUGGGAACUGCCAUCUGAUGCUGCUCGAUGCCGUCAUCAGGGCUGUGCCGGAAUCAGCACCGCUGCGCCAGCUUGACCUUACCGGAAUGCUGUCCCUGACCAACGAACUGCUCCUCUACAUUGCUGGCAAGUGGAAGCACACCCUAAAAGUGCUGGAUCUCAUGUUUUGCGUCCAGCUCAACGCCAGCUGUAUCGACGCCCUUCGUCAACUGAGUGGUCAGCUGGAGGUCCUGACCAUGGCUUACUGCCGGGAGCUGACGGGGGUGGGCUUGGUCCAGGGUCUGGCGCAGCACAUGAACUAUGCAUUGCAGGAGUUGCACUUGGAGGAGGUGUGCUUCAUCGACGAGAACUCCAUGUGCGAGCUGCUAGAGCGGCUGCCCAACCUGCAGCGUCUCAGCUUGGACAACUGCAGGCAGGCGGUGACGGAUGUUACCAUGUCAGCCAUUUGCAGGUACCAAACACGAUUGAGGAACCUCAACAUCGAUUAUUGCGUAAAGAUCACGGAUCAGGGCCUGAUGGGCUUUGGGGCCACUCCUUAUCCCAUCAGUAGAUUGAAGGGAUUGCGGGAGUUGAACCUUCGGGGGUGUCGCAAUCUCACAGAUCGAUCCUUGAAACACGCUUUGAAGCUUCCCGAGCUUCGUGCUCUCUCCCUGGGCUACUGCUCACGAUUUCAGCCAGCGGGCUUCGAGGCCAUCACCCACAAUUGCCCAUCGCUGGAGGCUCUGUGCGUGUCCAGCUGCAUGGCUGUGGACGAUGACACGGUGCGGAAUAUCGUGGUGAAUUUAAAGCGUUUGAGGAUUCUCAACUUGAGCAACUGCUCCAAGCUGACGCUGCAGUCAAUCCAUCAUAUUCUGCGCCAUGGUCACAAUCUGGUAGAGCUGAUUGCCUGCUCCAUCGAUGGACUGGACACGGAGCAGGCUGAAAAGAUUAUGGAGCGUCAGAGGCCGCAAAUGAAGCAGGUGCUGCUAUAGCAGGAGAGGUACAUUCACUGACGGACUGGAACCAGACUCCGCCACAACAACUGGGGAAGGCGGGAGGAGGACGACGACCAGUUCGACGACGAUGACGAAUCUGAGAUAAUCGAUAUUGUGGUUUAGACGUCCUGUUCAACCUGUGGAAUAUGAGGCAGCUUAGCUAAGUCUAUACCAUUUUUGAUAACUAACUAAUCAAAAACCCAGUAAACUGUGAGAAAAACUCUUCAGGUGAAAGCUUA